AUGGUUCAGUUAAAUAACAGUUAUGCACGAAUUUGUAAAUCUUUUGAAGAUGAUUCCACACAAAUUUGCGCAUGCGACUUUAGGAUAAACAUUUAUCGUUGCGAUCAAAAUGAAUUUUUUAUUAUAGCAAUUAAAAAUCAGCCUAUGCUCAUGCCACCCACGAAAGAAAGAGGACUUCUUAGAUUUAGGCCGCUACAUUCACAUCAAUUAAAUAAUCUAGUCUAUAGUUUAGCGCUUACAAUUAAUGGGGCAAGUUUACUUUUUGAACUUUAUCCUAAUGUUCUUUGGGCUGAAAUCGUAGGUAUAAUGCCUUAUGUUUUAAUAGCAUCGAUGUGUGGUAUUCUUUCUUUGGGCCUUGUUUAUGCAACGCCUCCAGUUGAGGACGAUAAAGAAGGGGCCACAAAAAAACUUAUACCAAAUAAAUUUAUGUUAGAUUGCAUAGGAAUUUUCAUAUUAAUACAUCCUUUUUUUUUACAUCUACCAAUUGCAAUAAAACUGGGUUUAUAUGCAGACCAGCCUGAAACACUUGAUAAAGCACUCCAUUAUUUUAAAAUACUUUUUAUAACUUGGCCUUGUGAAUCGGCAUUAUUUCUUGUAGUUAAUUUUUUUAUUUGGAAGAGAUUGAAUUGGGUAAUUAAUUAUCAAAUAAAAACCGUCAAAGAAAAAUCUGAUAUUACAAAUAUUAACCUUAAAUUAGAGAAGUGGUUAAAUGUAAAGAAGAAAAUUAAUAAACCAUUAUUUAUAAUGGCUAUUAAUAUAGGCAUUCGAUUUCCAAUUUUUUUGACAUUUGCACUUUUAUAUAAAGAACAACUUAUAUUUAAUUAUAAUUAUAAUAUAUUUUUUUAUAUUGUAAUGUAUAUGGUUAACCCCGUUAUGAUAUUAUAUUAUGACCUUAUCUUUAUUUAUGAAAACAUCUUAAAGAUGAAACCAAACCCUCAAUUAGUAUUUGAUUAUAUAAAUGUUGCUGAAGUUUUUGACGAAGAUAAAGAUAGUUCAGAAGGUGGACAACGAUUUUCUUUAGAAAUUGAUCCUUCAACAAGUAUUUCCUAG